CAAACUUCUCUUGUCAGCGUCCACAAACUCUGCCAGUCUGUGGGUUGAAUGUGUUCGACAUAAACAAUAACAUGGACGCAAUACGGGAACAAAGAUAAUACCACGGUCCAAGCCUCGCUCUGAAUCCCUGGUGAUAAUGGAGAACGAGUUUGGAGCGAAUUCAGGUGCCUUCAUCCCGAGCCCUCAGAGUGACGCCGUGGCCAAUGAGCUGCAAGAGCUGUCCUUACAGCCUGCCCACAACCUGCUGCCAGUCAGAGAGGGGAAGGACGUUCUGCAGCUGAAGCUACAGCAGAGGAGAUCCAGAGAAGAGUUUAUCAACCAGAGAGUCAUGACACCCCUGAAAAGUUCAGCUGCCUUCCACGAACAGAGACGGAGCUUGGAGCGAGCACGGACUGAGGAUUAUCUCAAGAGGAAGAUCAGGGCCCGACCUGAGCGCUCCGAGCUGAUCCGGAUGCACAUCCUGGAGGAGACGUCAGCGGAGCCGUCACUUCUGGCCAAGCAGAUGCAGCUGAAGAGAACUCGCCUCGCCGAUGAUUUGAACGAUAAGAUCUCCCACCGGCCGGGGCCCAUGGAGCUGAUCCACAAAAACAUCCUGCCUGUUCACUCCAGCAUUAAACAGGCCAUCAUAGAGACACAGUUUCCAAAGGCUUCGGGUGAUAACUCGUCAUGUGAUGAGGACAGCAGUUACAGUCUGUCCCCAGAAGAGCCACUGAGCCAGGAGUCUCCUCUGGGUCUGCUUCCUCUGCCCUCUUCUCCAGAAACUCUGCCGGGAAGCAGCAUCCCAUCUCCGACACGGGUAAGUCCGUACUCCUGCUCUGCUCUCCCACCAAUCUCUGGAUCCCCCCCCUCUUCCAAGCUGACCAAUGGGACGGUAGUAUUAUCUGCACAUAGGACAUGGGCGCCCUCACAUAUCAAGUCCCAUCACAAAGCAAGCUCUGACCGCUCUGCACAGAGACACAAGAAACCAAAGGACAACAAGCCAAAGAUUAAAAAGUUAAAGUACCAUCAGUACAUCCCUCCCGACCAGAAGGGAGAUAAAGAGCCUCCUCCCCAUCUGGACUCUUCCUACGCCAAAAUCCUGCAGCAGCAGCAGCUCUUCCUGCAGCUCCAGAUCCUCAGCCAGCAGCAGCAGCACUACAACUACCACGCCAUCCUGCCCGCACCCCCCAAAAGUCAGACUGAUCAGCAGCCAUCUUCCUCCUCUUCUUCCUCAAAUUCAACCACCUCCUCCCCACCUCGACUUGCAUCUUCAACAGCCUCCUCUAACCAGUCCCGUCAGACUUCUGGUCCUUUAACUGGGACGAGACCAGCGUCCCUACCUCCAAACCUGGAUGAAAUGAAGGUGGCGGAGCUGAAGUCCGAGUUGAAGCUGCGCACCCUCCCGGUCUCCGGCACCAAGAACGACCUCAUCGAGAGGCUGAGGAGCUACCAGGAGCUGAACGGAGGCGCCGACACUUCCUCCUCUCCGACAGCAGGGGGUACCACAGGGCCGGGGGCUGGAGGAGCAGCAAAAGCCUCCAAAUCUGCUGCCAACAACAACACAUCGCAACAACAGUUUCAAUUUCAGAGCCAUCAGACGUCCGCUAUGAUUGCCAAUACUCCCCAGCAUCUCAUGACCCGCAGUGGCUCUAUCUCCCCCCAAAACGACCCCCUCACGCCCUCUGACCUCUCCCCGGGCGCCAUCAGCCCAGAUACCAGCUUUCCCAGCGACCCCCUGGGGGAAAUGAUGAGUUCACCUCUCACCCCGGUGAAGCGAUGUCCAGCUGCUCUUGCUACAAAAAUUAAAGAAGUUCCAACGUUUUCCCCCCCAGCUCCGUAUCAUUUCUCUAUAAAGCUGGCCUCUCUGCUGAAACUUUCCCAGAUCACAAACCCAGCACUAGCGCUGAACCUGAACAAAGACAGGAUGCUGCAGGAGAAGGACCGGCAGAUCGAGGAGCUGACACGGAUGCUGAGGCAGAACCAGCGACUGGUGGAGGUGCUGAAGUUACAGCUGGAGCACCGGAGCAAAGCAGCCGAGCCUCUGGCUCUUGUACGAGUUAAACAAGAACCUCCUGAUAAACCCAGCGUCCCGCUCUCAUUCCGCCAUACACCGUCACCCCUUUCACGCGAGAUGGGUGUAGUCAAGGUCAAACAAGAGGCCACUGAUGCAGAGGAGUGUGAGACAGCUACGCAAAUACCAGAAAGAACUCAGGAGGCGCAAAUCAAACCCCAACAGAUGAGCACACAGACUAAACAACAUGUGCGCCUGCAGCAGAGCACUCUGCAGCUGGCCCAGCAGCAGGCCAUACAGAAGCUUUCUCAGCAGCAGCGCAACAUUCAGAACCAGCAGCAGGUCAUUCAGAACCGCAGUCAGACAGUAGAGAACCUGCAGAAAGUUUCCCAGCAGAGGAAGAAGAAAUCUCACAAGCAGCAAAUCAAACAGCAGCAGCAUGUGUUGCAGUCACAACAACAACAACAGCAGCAGUCAAAACAACAUCAGCAGCAGCAGCUGAAGCAACAGAUCCUGCUGAAGCAACAGAAGACGUUCCUCCAGCAGCAGCAGAGCAAACAGAUCCAGAUCCAGACCAAGAUACAUGUGAAGCAACGACAGCCAGCACAGGUGUCUCCAGCCUCCUUACACCAGCAGCCGGGCUCUGCGCCCUCUCUCCCUCUGGAUCUCUUCAAGCGCGACUCCACCCCUACUCUGGUCACCGACGGCAAAGGCAACCACUUCCUGAUUGCACUGACCAAUCACAUCACUGAGAACCAAAGAACUGAUGCACCUGGGAGCAAAGCAACCAAUCACAUCGCACUGCAGCGACUACAGUCCACUCCAGCUAAGCUCCCCAGCCACAACACUGUUCAGCCGCCAAACGCUGAAAAUCAUAGCAAACAGCACACAGGAUUUUUGAAACAACAGGAGACAAAGAAUGGGGGAACUCAGGGACCUGUAGUCCGUCAGCAGGACGUUGCUCAGUGUUUGUCGGCUCCUCCCAGCCUGCAGCCUUUCUUCAAUGACCAGGAGAAUUCUCCCUCAGGGAAAUACGCACUAUCCCCUUCUUCUCAAACCGAGUUGUGUCCUAGUCUGGAUGUCUUGUUCAGUCCUCUUUCUCCAGCUUCCAUCAGGACAGCUGCCUCAUCGCCUGAUAACAAAGAAACAGAGCAUGAAGAGGAUUUUAUUGACGUCAUUUUGCAGACAGGAGCACCGGACUCUUCUUCCAACCAUGCAAACCCACACUCAUCUCCGCCUCCCUCGCCGCUCCACAUGCUGCUGUCCCCCCCCACCCCCCCCAGCUGUGACACCCCGCGGUCGGCCUCCUCGGCGCAGUCUGAGCUCCAGGCCUUCGACGACACCACAGAAGAAAAACAACACCUCGGCAGCGCUGGGAAUGGACGCCUGGAGGACUUCCUGGAAAGCACCACUGGGAAGCCUCUCCUGGGGGGGGAGCCCGGAGGUCUGCUGACUCUGAUCGAUGACCUCCACAGUCAGAUGCUGUGCACCCCCAGCAUCCUCGACCGCCCACUGUCUCCCCUGGAUACCUUCGACAUGGCAGCGGAGGGGGAGUCGGGUCUGGACUGCAUGGAUUGGUUGGACCUUACCAUGGAAAGGGAGAAGGAUGAGGAGACCCCCACUCUGGCCCCUCUUGGCCCCCAGACACCACCAAGUGUCUUUUCCACGGACUUCCUGGACAGCUAUGACCUGCAGAUACACUGGGACUACAGUCUGUAGAGCAGUGCAGGGAUGAUGUUUUUUUUUUAGCUACCUCGACAACAAGAAGAGCAGAUUUUUUCAUUGGAUUUUGAAAUAUCGCAUAAAAUAAGUUCCAGAAAAUUACAGAACUUACGCGUUUUGUUUAUUUUGCUACAUUUGAGGCAUAAAUUCUACUGUCAGAAGCAGCAGUGUGUUCAGACAUUAAAAUACAAAAUCCGUAACAGGUGGAAUAGAGAAUUAACAAUUAAAGAUUGGCUAUAAACGACUAACAUUGUUCAUCUACCAAAAUGAAAACAACUUUUUGUAGGCGUUAAUUCGAUCACCAGAAUUCAAAGGCUAACGCUAGGCUAUUGAAGGAAAAUAUCACACUUGUAUGACUUCACGUGAACACCUAAUGUUCGACAUGAUGGCGUUUAGUCGUCUCAUUUAGUCACUUUUUAGCAACAGCUGUUUUUAUGACACUUCAGAUAUUCACCAGUGGGGUAUUUACGUAUUUAAGGACACUUUGGACAGACGCUUUUAUCCAAAGUGACUUAUAUAUACUCAAUACUUUGGGCAAUCCCCACAGGAGUGAAGUGUCUUGACCACGGGACACAGCGACAUGCUGACUGCAGUGGGCAUUGAACCAGUGCUCCCCUAAUCCAAAGAUCAGCACACUAAUCCACUGAGCCACCGCCUCAGCCUAGGUCAUAGAACAAAACGUGAAAAUAAUGUAAGCUGAGACCAUAUUUCUGGCAUUUAGCCAAACACAUUUUCAAAAUCCCAUUGACUUUUGAGACUAGGGAACCAGAGUGCUAAAAUGCUAACUCAUCUCCGGGUUUUAGGACUCAUUCCUGCACCUCUCUAUGGCCUAACACAAUGUGCACUCACUCACAGAGCCACACAUGCAUACUAACACAUGUGAUUGAUUGCUGAGGGUUCAGUAUCUGAUCGCAGAGCUCUUACCUUAUCCUCUCACGUACUGGUGUAUUGAACCUUCAAGCACUUUGACCCUUUAUUUAUUUACACACACGGGUGUAUUGACUUUAUUAGGCAGGUCCUAUAUCUGUUCUCGCUGCUUUAGCAACAGUUUUAUCAACACAUUUCGAAACCUGAUAAAUGAACAGAGCCAUGGAUCUGUUGCUCGGCACCAUGUUACUGUGAAGGAGUGGAUCGGUUUAUUGGACCUUUGUCUAAUAAGGAGGGCAAAUCCGUAGUUGCUUUUCAGAGUGAAGAUAAUCAAUGGUUGACCACUACAGUUGAUCUAUACCCAAAGUUAAGUCGGAGGACAAGUUUUCUUUUUCAGCAACCUUAUGGUUUAUUGGGAGGGAGGAGAGAUUUUUGCAGCCGAACAAUCCACGGCCAUGACUUUGAUUAGACGUUGUUUUUUAAACAGUUUGACGGUCACGGUGUUCACGUUUUAGACAUAAUGCUUGUCUUUGUGCAGGGACAGCACUGAGAGUGGUACCACAGCUUAGCUAGAAACAUGGCUUUAGAUAAAUAUCAUAGACCCCGAGAUACUUCUGAGGAACCUUGCAUUUAUAUUUUUUGCAGUGAUAGCUAAUAAUCUCUUUUAGGUGUGAGCCUAUAGGGGUUCAUGCGCUCGGUCAUGUGUGUACAAGUGUGUGAAUACACAGGUUUCUUUGCCUUAAAAUAUGCCAUUGUGAAUUUUUACUCCCUUUCAGUUUGCACUUAAAUUCAUGCAUAAUAUAAAAAGAAAGGUAAACUCCUGCAGCUAGAUGUUUAGAUGUUUAUGUUAAAGGAGUCCUUUUGUGUUUUGGGAUUUUCCCUUUCCUGUAGUGUGUUAUAUAGGUUUUAGUGCAUGUAAAUGGUCUGCAAAGGCUUAAAUCCCAUCUCCGAAACGCCUCCAUAGGACUCCUUUCUACUUCUGUUACACUCACGCUUCUAUUCUAUUCUAACCGCUCUAACUCAUUGUACGUGACAGGCUAAGGGGCGGGACAUCUCUCUGAAAAAUCUAGAGCAUUUUGAGUAUUAAAGCAUGUAAACAUGUCACAGUAGAGGCACAAAAUACAAAUAUGAACCUGAAAAAGAGUAUAGUAGGGCCCCUUUUAUGCUGAUAUUUGGCUAUCCUGUACUGCAUCAGUACUUUUGAUAAUGGGAAUGUAUUUAUAUCCUUUCCACUGAGAUUUUACAAUGCUGUCAUAUACCAGUUAAAACCUGACUGAAUCUAUUCUAAGAUGCAUUUAUUUGUAUAGUGGCUGUUUUUUAGUUUGUUUCUGCCAUACAAAAGUGUUUUUUCUGACAAAAUGUCUGUACUGUGAAUCCAGAACUUCUCUUUGGACUGCGAACACAUCUGCUCGUGUUAUGUAUUGGUCACCACAGACAAACUAAACCAUACUUCCUGACUCUUCUUUUAUAGUCUAGCUGCUUAUAGGAUGGAUUCACACAUUUUCAAUUCUUAAACAACAUACCCAUCUGAACUUUAAGAGCUUUUUUUCUGCUGAAAUCAGUCCCCUGUUCACACUGACGAUUAAGAGAUCCCUUAUGCUAGACCUCGGCUAAGUACUUAAAACUCAGUCAUUUUAAAUCGCUGUGAUUAAUUUAAAGAUGUUAAGUGCUCUAUCAAACUGGUUUGGACUUUUAAAAAGUCAGUGUUCUGCUGUAUUAACCUUGCAGGUGUUGAACCUCCUCAUGUAAAUGACUGUGAAAGCAUUAGGAUAAAGUCUUCUGAAGUUUUGUGCAAAUGUUACGCUUUUGUGUUGUAAUUGUAAUCUUUGUUUUUUUCUAAAAUUGAACGGAAAUUGUUCGUAAGAGGAACGAUAAUAAAGUCUGCUUUGGUGAAUUCAAA